AUGUCUAUGUACAAUGUCAAAGACAAGAAAGCCAUCGUGACUGGCGCAGGAUCAGGAAUUUGUCUUUCUUUCGCUAGACAACUUCUUGAGAGCGGAUGCUCUGUUGUGAUAGCUGACGUCAAGCUGUUGCCAGAAGCCGAAGAACUCGUCAACAGUUGGACAGUGAAAGACGGUAGCAAAGCUUGUGCUUAUUAUCACAAAACAGAUGUCAGUGAUUGGGCCCAACUCUCAUCUCUGUGGGACACAGCGCUUGAGAAACUGGGACAGAUCGACAUUGUCUGCAACGGCGCUGGGAUCUACGAACCUCCCUCGAGCACCUUCUGGAAUGCGCCUGGCGUGUCACCUCUAUCAGAGGACAAGGCUGAUGGUAAUCCUGGUGUCUACAAGACCUUUGCAGUGAACACUAUGGGUCCUAUCAGGUUGGCACAGCUCGCUGUUGACUACUGGCUACAAAACCGUAGUAUCGAGGGCAACUUGCUAUGGGUUGCGAGUGUCGGCGGAUAUGCUCACUCCUUGCAAACACCUCUGUACUUUGCUAGCAAGGCGGCUAUCGUCAGUUUCGUCAAGUCCCUAGGGACUAUGCGAAAACGAUAUGGCAUCAGGAAUGCAGCCGUUUGCCCCGGGGCGGUCUAUACACCCAUCUUCCAUCCUGAAUACUGUCGCGAACGUGUUCGCCCUGAUACGUUAUCGCUUACUCCCAAGCAGUGCGCCUCUGUUAUGUUCCGUGUUCUCACUGAAGAACAAUAUGGAGAUGGAAACAUCAUUGAGACUAUGCUUAUUGGCAACAGGGAGAUCAAUUCGGUAAAUGUACGGGAAGUGCCAUUGGAGCUACUCUAUCCCACUGUAAUCGCCGAGGGGUCGCAUGACGGUCUCUACCAGGAGGAGGAAAAGUUGGCUGAGCAAUUGGAGGAAGUGGGAAUGCGAAAGUAG